CCCCCAGCCGGUGUGUGCGUCGCCUGCGCUCGACUCCGGCAGCCCCACGCGCACCAUGAGCUCGCUGCUGUUCCUCGUAUUAGUUGUAUACUUCCAAAACACGUCUGCUUCCCAGACCACUGACUGCCUGCAUCUGAAAGAGCAAUGCAUUCGUGCUGCAAAUGGAUGCGAAAGUGUCUGGAACGUAAUUGAAGAUGCCUGUAAUAUUUCAGGUAAUAGCUGCAAGGCAAAAGAUUCAGUUGGCUGUAAUACAACCAUCCAAUUCCUAGCUGACCAAUAUCCACAAUUUAAAGACUGUAUCUGCACCAAAGAUGGUUUUUGUAGCACCAAACUGUUGCUGGAGAAACAAUGUACCAUUACAAAAGGGCAUUUGGAGCCUUCACUAAGCCCAGAUAACCAAUUAAGCUUCAUGUCACACUCAAAACCCAAAAGUAUACAACGCAUUGGGGAAUCCGAAAAUGACUGCAGUAUUGCAAAACAAAGCUGUCGAGAAGAUCACAACUGCUUUAUGAAGUAUAAGAACUUCCAAAGGGUAUGCAGAGCAGAGGUGGCAAAAUGCAGUCUCCAGAUGGUCGGGCAACAAUGUUUGUCAGCAUGGAAGGAACUGAGAAAAACAGUGCUGGGGAACUGCAAGUGUUCAGAACCAGUUCAAAAAAGAUGUGCUAAAAUAUGGAAUAGUAUCUUUAAUAAUACUUGUUUACAGUAUGCACAGGAGACUCCAGCUUCUGCCACUAGAAAAGAAGACUAUGAUCAUGAAAGAAAUCAGGGCAUUCAUCCAGAUAAUAUUAACAUGGAAACUAAAUUACAAUGGAACUUAUCUGCUCUUUCCAAACUCGAGUACACAGAGAAUGGAACCUGUUUUGAUGUAAACAAGGAAUGCAUUGAAGAUGAAAUAUGCAAUAAACAGUUAUCUCUGUACCUCAAAGUUUGUUCAGUAACCAGAAAGCAGUGCCACAUGGAACAAUGCCGAGCAGCCAUAAGGUUCUUCUAUCAAAAUAUGCCUUUUAAUGUUGCCCAGAUGUUGACAUUUUGUGACUGUGCACAGCCUGAUGAAUCCUGUCAGCAGGCCAAAGAACUUCUUCAUGGCAAGCCAUGUGCAGUCAACAUAGUUCCCCCUCCAUCUUGUCUAAAUGUAAUUCACAAGUGUCAAGACAAUGAGUUGUGCAGGAAAAAAUAUGAAGUUUUUCAAUCAACAUGCUGGAGACAUGUGACAAAAAGAUGCUAUGAUGAUAAAACUUGCCUUGAAACUUUAAUCGAGGGUGAUCUGACUUGCUCUGGAAGUGCUGACUGCAGAGCAUCUUAUAUUGAUAACUGGGGCACCAUGCUUCGGGUGGAAUGUACCUGUAAUAAUGUCCCACUAACUGAACAGUCUUUAUGCAAGCUCUUCUAUCAUAUGCUUCACAGCAAGUCCUGCUUUAAUCAGAUUUCAAGGGGAAAGACAGACCAUGAGCUGAUACUUACUGAUAUGCCAGGAGAAAAGCUUCCCAUAACACGGUUACAUUCUUUAUUUAAUGGUGAAGCAAUCUAUAUUAUUGCAUAUACAUCUUGCAUAGCACUCAUCCUAGGAAUAGCCUUGGUGGCUUUCCUUAAGACCAGGAUUUUAGGACCUCCAGUGAAGUCAGUGGAAACCUUCCUGUUGAAUGCUAGGUGGCAAGAUACAGUCUGUUUCUACAAAACUGCAAUUCCUGUGAUCUCUUUAGUUGCUUUGUAAAGAUAGAGACAUUGUAGAGAUUUUUCCUGUCUUCAGGGCAAGAGGCCCUAUAUACGCACCAGGCAGGCUCAUAUGAGGUGAAAAAAAUACCUUUUCAAUGGGCUUUACAUGUCUGUAGAACCCUGUUCAAGCCCUAUGGACUGAGGUGCAUUUCACUACAUUAUACAAUUCUUGUCCUUCGUUUUCCAUUAGAAUUGAUUUCUGCUUUUUUCAUAUAUUGUUUGCUUAACAUCCCCUUAGGUGAACACCAUCUGGCAUGGAUGAUUGCCUGAAAAUGGGUUACUUUCUAAUAUGCUUCUUGGAAGUGUUAAUGAUUCUUAUGAAAACUGCCAUUAGAAUGUGUACUCUUUUAUCAUCUUCUACAGUAAAGAUAUAUGCAAAACAAAUAAUUAUUCAUUUUACUGGAAAUUAUGAAUGCGUCAACAGAAGAAUACACUGAUUAGGCAUUCAUAAAGCUACUGACUCCUAAUGCCACUUCUUCUAGUUUAAAUAUAUUAAAUAUCUACUAUAAAUAAUAGACAAUCAAUUGAAAAUUCUAAACAGCAAUUUCAGUUUUAAAGGUAUUACGUAAGAAUGGCCAUACUGGGUCAGACCAAAAGUCUGUCUAGCUGGUAUGCUAUCUUCUAACAGUGGUCAAUACCAGAUGCCCCAAAAGGAAUGAACAGACCAGGCAAUCAUCAGUUGAUCUAGCCCCAUUGUUCAGUCUCAGCUUUAGAGACAGACGCUAGGGACACCGUUCCCUACCCCAGGAAGCUUAUGAAGAGUGAAGGACAAGGAUGUAACACAUGAGCACAGCAGUCAGAAUGAUGGCUAAUAAACAGAUUUGGUUUUGUACAUAUUUUAAAAUGUUAUAAAAUAUAGUAUAUAUAAUCUGUCACCGACUUCUUUCACCUAAGGAAAAUCAGCUGGCUAUUGACUUUUAGGCAUCAUAGUAAAAGUGGGUCUCCAGGAGAGAUUUGAGAGAGGAAUAGGUAGUGAUUUUUGCAGGUCAGCUCAGGAAAGUCAUUUUGUGUGUAUGGGUCAUGAAGUGUCUGCAUCUUACUAUCAUGCCAUAUAGUUGUUCAUCAUGCAAUUUUUGGAGUAAUUGCAUUUAAAAAAACCACACAAAGGACACACGUAUGAUCCAGAACAUACUUUCUACCCCAGUAUAUAGUAUAAAUCACUAGGAUCUGUUUGUGCACCCACUGAAAUGAAAUGUUGGUGUGUGUAAAAAUUAAUAGGUCUGAAAUGGCCUUUGAAUUAGUGUUCAGGGGUCAGCCACAGCAUUACCCUUAAACAUGCUUUUUCCAUUUGUUUUUUGUAGUUUGGGAAGUUAGAUUAAAGGUCCAGUCGAAACCAGUAUUAUCCUUUUGAUAUAUAAACAUGCUUUCUCUCUCUCUCUCUGUUCUGUAGCCUAGGAAACCAGAUAAGAAUGGAAUAGUA